AUGGACGUGACCAACAGGUCGCUGGUGGCAAAUGGUGGCAGCCAUCACCGGGCCACGCAUCCGUGGACGGUGCCAUGGGCUUCGGAUCGAAUGAAUCCAGAGCAUCAUGGGGCACUGCGCCGUCUCAUCCGCCUCUACAGUCCAAUGAAGAAGAUGGGCAAGAUUGAGUUGCUCCUUGACUCGGACUGGACAAGCGAGGAGCACCCGUUUGCACACGGAUCACCUCUUGAACAAUGGGCAUUGUGUGGCAACCCGUUCCCCGACCGGUGCGACACAUCAGAGACAUGCCUAAGGAGCUCCAAAAAUACUCGACUUGCAGACCCCAACUCUUUGGGUCCUUGUGCUGGCCCCCAGUUGCAGCCGGCGACGCUGCAUCGCCCACCUUCUCCGACAUCUUCGGCCCAGUCCCGGGCGCCCGCUCGAUAUCUCCGUGAUGAGCUUCGCAGUGGCAUCUCGGGGCCUCUUCUGCGCUCUGCGCCUCAUGAGUGGCAAACACGAGGCGACGUCUCAAGACGUGCUCCCGAGCUGUCAUGGGCCAGUUCCUUGUGUUGA